AUGCUGCGGCGGCUGCUGCUAUUGCUGGUCGCCUUCGCGCGCUGCGAGGUCGUCGACUACUACGCGGUCCUAGGCGUCGCGCGCACGGCGACGACCGCGGAGAUCAAGAAGGCCUACCGGGCGCUCGCGCAGGAGUACCACCCGGACAAGCUCGCCUCGACGCUGUCCGAGGAGGCGAAGGCCGAGGCCGUCGCGAAGUUCGUCGCGCUCGCGCAGGCGCACGAGGUGCUGAGCGACGACGACCGGCGGCGGGCCUACGACGCGACGGGCGCCGACGAGCCCGACGCCGAGGCCGAGGCGCGCGCCGCGGAGCAGGGCCCGCCGGAGUACACGGAGCUGCCCGUCAAGGUCGAGGCGCGGUUCCGCCACGGCGCGUUCCGCUUCUCCUUCGCGGGCACGGGCGUCCGCGCCAUGUCGGCGACGCGCGUGCCCAUCACCGUGACCAUGGAGGAUCUGCUCGUGGGCGUCACGCGCAACCUGACCCUGAGCCGCCGCGUCAGGUGCCGCGCGUGCGACGGCACGGGCUCCGCGCGGCCCGCGCGGCGGCCGACGUGCCCGCUCUGCGGCGGCACGGGCCGGGCCCCGGCCCUCGGCGCGGCGGGCCGGCCGCCGUCGCCCUUCCGCCAGUCCUUCGAGUCGCUCUGCGGCGCCUGCGGCGGCUUCGGCAAGCUCCGGGGGCCGCCGUGCGCGUCGUGCGACGGCGAGGGCAUCGCCGCGGAGACGCACGUCGUCACGGUCGUCGUGCCGCCGGGCGCGCCCGAGGGCCACGAGAUCGUGUUCCGCGGCCUCGGCGACGAGCACGCGCACCGCGACGCCGGCGACCUCGUCGUCGUCGUGGAGGCGGCGCCGCACGGCCGCUUCGCGCGGUCCGUCGACGGCGCGAACGUCUGGUGCAACGCGAGCGUCGGCCUCCUGGACGCGCUCUACGGCUUCUCGAAGAAGCUGACGGGCCUGGACGGCGCGCGGCUCGACGUGCGCCACGACCGCGUCGCGUUCUCGUCGUUCACGCACGAGCUGCCCGGCGAGGGGCUGCCCGUCUUCGGCAACGCGACGCAGCGCGGCUCCCUCACGGUCUACGUCGCCGUGUCCUUCCCCCGGAGCCUCAGCGCGCUCCAGCUCCGCGUCCUCCGCCACAUCGGCCUCCGCCCGGACGAGCUCGACUUCAUCCGCGCGCUCCAGCUCCUCAUGGCCUACCAGUACGCGACGACGGUCCCCGACGGCUCCGCCGAGCUCAAGUUCGCGAGCCGGUGCUACGGCGACGCCCUCGACGUCUGCAAGCCGGAGCGGCGCUACUGGACCUGGUGGCGCGCCGUCGUGUAA